GAUAUGAAGUAAAUAUCUUCGGUCAUUUAAAAUCCGGGAAUUCUAUGUGUAAUCUAACCUGAACUACUACAUUAUAAGUGCUUUGAAUAUAAUUGUAUAAAACACUGUCAAAAUGAACUUUUUAGUCAGAAACCGGAGUAGCUUGCUACUUCGUGGAUUUUCCACUUCAGCUAUUAGACAGUGUGCUGUUCCACCUAAAAAGGCAAGAAAACAAUACAUGCCUAUUACCUGGAAGUCAAUAGCAGUAACUGCUACGGUAGCCGGUGGCCUCACAGGCUUCAUGUUAUAUGUACGAAAAGAAAAACAGGAGGCACUCGAUAGAGAAAGAAAAAGACAGCUAGGAAAAGCAAAGAUAGGUGGUGAAUUCGAAUUGGUGGAUUCCCAGGGCAAAACAGUGAAGAGCACAGACUUUUUAGGAAAGUGGCUUUUGAUUUACUUUGGCUUCACACACUGCCCUGAUAUUUGUCCAGAUGAACUUGAGAAACUGGCUGAAGUUGUGAAUUUACAUGAAAGUAAUCCUUCAUCACCACCACUGCAACCCUUGUUUAUUUCUGUAGAUCCUCAAAGAGAUACACCUGAGAUUGUUGGAAAGUAUUGUAAAGAAUUCUCACCACGGUUACUGGGUCUAACAGGAACUAAGGAACAAGUGCAGAAGGCUUGCAAAUCCUACAGAGUCUAUUUUAGUGCAGGCCCAGAAGAUGUUGAUAAUGACUAUAUUGUGGACCAUACAAUAAUAAUUUAUUUAGUAAAUCCAGAUGGCGAAUUUGUUGAUUAUUAUGGUCAAAAUAGAAAUGCUCAAGAGAUUCACAAUUCCAUGCUUGUCAACAUACAAAAAUAUGCUGCUGCAAAGAAUAGUUCAUGGUUUUAGAAUUAGGUGCAUUUAUUUAAGUUUAGUUAUAGCUUCAAAGUAUUUUCUGUUACAUAAUAUAAAAUAAACAUCGUUGCUUUU